AUGGCUUCGUCGGUUGAUCACGGUGAGACUUUCAACAAUAAAAAGUCGCUGGUGCUUGACACCAGGCCGACUGAUAAUGAUGGAUUACGCCGCGCAGACGGGAUAUCAGGACUGUGUAUGUCAAUUCCGUGGAUUUCUUUUGGUACAUUUCUGACUAUUGCAGAUGAGGGAAAUGUCUUUGAAGCUUCACCUGACGACCGUCGCCAGAUUGGCAUCUUCAGUGCCUCAUUUCUGAUCUUCAAUCGGGUCAUCGGUACCGGUAUCUUCGCAACGCCUAGUACCAUUCUGGCACUGUCGGGCAGCGUUGGUCUUUCACUAUUCAUGUGGGUGAUUGGCACCAUCAUCGCACUAGCUGGAACGGCCGUGUACAUGGAAUGGGGAACUGCGAUUCCAAGAAAUGGAGGCGAGAAGAAUUAUCUCGAAUAUGUCUAUAAGAAACCCAAGUUCCUUAUUACUGCCAUGUUUGCGGCGUAUGUCAUCUUGCUUGGAUGGGCAGCGAGUAACAGUGUUGUCUUUGGUCAAUACAUUCUCAACGCAGCCGAGGUCGAAGUCGGACGUUGGAACCAACGUGGAAUCGGACUGGCGUGUCUGACUGCAGCUUUUCUCAUCCACUCGGUUGCUCUGAAAUGGGGUCUUCGUCUCCAGAAUCUACUUGGUGUGAUCAAGCUGAUCAUCAUUGUGAUCAUUAUCGUGUGUGGGUGGGUUGCACUAGGUGGACAUACCAAGGCUGAGAGACCGGAUAACUUCACCAAUGCCUUUGAAGGAACAGUUGGCAGUGGAUAUAGUAUCGUCAUGGCAUUGUACAAUGUCAUUUGGUCGUUCAUUGGCUACUCGAAUGCCAAUUACGCCUUGAGCGAGACGAAAAACCCAGUCCGCACUUUGAAGAUUGCAGCCCCAGUGGCCAUCUGCUCAGUUGGUAUUCUCUAUAUGCUCGUCAAUGUCGCCUACUUCGCCGCCGUGUCCAAGGAGGAAAUGCUCAGCUCUGGCAGUAUUGUGGCCGCCGUCUUCUUCCGCAAUAUGCUAGGCAAGCAAGCCGAGAGAGUCAUGUCGGUCUUUGUGGCCCUUUCUGCAUUCGGCAAUGUGAUGUCCGUCAUUUUCUCUCAAGGUCGAAUUGUGCAGGAACUGGGUCGUGAAGGCGUCUUGCCGUUCUCGAAAGUCUGGGCUAGUAACUGGCCCUUCCGUUCGCCAGCCGCAGGUUUGCUUGAGCACUACAUCGUAUCGGCCGUCAUCAUGCUGGCUCCACCCCCAGGCGAUGCCUACAAUUUCCUCCUCAACCUGAUUUCCUACCCCCUUGCAAUUAUCAACUUCUUCGUGUCCGCCGGUCUGAUAUACGUCAAUCUCACCAAGCAAAAGAACUUCCCAGAUUGGGCACCUGGAAUCCGUGCCACCAUACCAGUGACCGCAUUCUUCAUGCUGUCCAAUCUCUACCUUGCCAUUGCACCUUAUAUUCCGCCAACCGCGGACCAAAAUGUGUACGAGGAACUCCCGUACUACCUUCAUUGUGUGGUGGCUUUGGGCCUCUUUGCUGCCGGAGGCAUUUACUACAUUAUCUGGGCAGUUUUGUUGCCCAGAUUUGGUGGAUAUGUUCUUGUCAAGGAGACCGUUGUGGACGCCGACGGGUGGUCGCGUAGUGUUUUCACCCAGCUUCCACAGGAACAAGCGCAUCGAUAA